GAAGUAACACGUUCAUUUGUGUAGUGCGUCUGAGAGAAAGAAGAAAAGUGGGGGUUAUAGAGAAGUGCGGUCGCCCGUUUCCUGCUUUGAAAUGAUGUGAGCUCAGAACAGAGAAGAGAAACUUCCUUUGCCUGUAGAGGACUCUGACAGCGCGGAGAGGACGUCUUUCUUUCUCUUUGUACAAAUGCUGUGCACAUUCGAUCGGUAACCCACUGGCAGAUCUCUCACAGGAACCAUGAGCCGAGGAUCUAAAUCGAAGAUGGACAUCGCCCACAGCUCCCUGCUGAGCCUGCAGGAGCAUGAGAAGCUGGAGGACCUGCUGGGCAGAAGGUGUGCUUCCAUGGCCACUGCAGUCGCCCAGCUGUUCAUGGCCCUGCCUCACAGUCCGACCUCGUGGAGUUUGCAGCACACAGGAGUUGUGUGCUUCAUCAAAGACAACCUUCAGCGCUCCUACUUCAUCCGGAUGUUUGACUUGAAGGCAGGGAGGCAGGUGUGGGAGCAGGAGCUCUACAACCAGAUAGUUUACUCCUCGCCACGGGCCUACUUUCACACCUUCGAAGCAGACGACUGUCAAGUGGGACUGAACUUUGCAAAGGAACAGGAAGCAGACGAGUUCCAAACUGCUGUGGAGGGGAAGAUCUGCCAAAGAAACAGCCGUCAUGAUAAGAAACAGCGUCCCCAUCCACCAAGUGACCGAGGGUCUCUACCUCCACUGCCCCCUGAAAAAGCAUCAUCCGGUAGCCCUGGAUCUCAUCGCAUGGCCAUGGUGGACAUUCAGAACCCGGACAUCCAGUCUUCACGGUACCGCUCGAUGCCGACGCCGGCCGCUUCCUCAACCCUGAGCAGCAAAGACAAGAAGAAAAACAAGAAGAGCAAGAAAAAAGACAAACCCAAAUUCUCCAAAGCAGACAUAGGAGCUCCUAGUGGAUUCAAGCAUGUCUCUCACGUCGGGUGGGAUCCCAACAACCUGGACCCGGACCUGUCCAAGCUGCUGUCUGAGGCCGGGAUCAGCGAGGCGGAGAUGAGGGACGAGAAGACGUCUCAGCUCAUCUACAACGUGAUCGAGCAGUCCGGAGGCCUGGAGGCCGUCAAGAGGGAGGUGAACCAAAGAGGGUCCGGACCUCCACCACCUCCUCCACCCAACAGAGGGUCCCUGCCUCCUGUGCCGGGCUUCGCUACCUCUCCCCCGGCCCCUCCACCUCACCGAGGCCGCUCUGGCCCCCUGCCCCCCCUCCCUGGCCAGCCACAGCGCGGACCCCCAUCUGCUCACCCGGGUCCAGAACGUGGAGGCAUGCCCCCCCCGCCCCCUCAGUCAGGCAGAGGAGGCCCUCCACCUCCGCCGCCUUCACACUCUCGGUUCCCUGCUCCACCCGCCUCCGAUUCCUAUCACGGCUCGAUGUCUUCCCACAACCCGCCUCCUCCGCCGCCGUCGUCUGGCCAGCGCUCCUCAGGGUUACCACCUCCUCCUGUCCCAUCUGCACCCGGCAGAGGAGGAGGAGGAGGAGGAGGGCCUCCACCUCCUCCUCCGCCUCCUCCACCUCCACCGGCCUCUGUUCCUGGAGAUUUCGCUCCACCUUCUCCUGUCUCCGGUGGCCCACCUCCACCUCCGCCUGCAUCGGCUAAAGGAGGAGGAGACGGCCGAGGAAAUCUGCUGGAUCAGAUCCGACUGGGGAAGAAGCUCAAAAAUGUGACGGAGAACCCUGAUCCUGUGGGAGCUUCAUCUCCUGAAUCCAGUGAGGGCAUCGUGGGCGCUCUCAUGAUGGUCAUGCAGAAGAGGAGUAAAGUCAUCCACUCCUCGGAUGAGAGUGAAGACGAGGGCGGAGAUGAAGACGACGAUGACGACGAGUGGGACGAGUGACGCAGACGUGUGUUUUUUCCCGCUUGUGCGGAUUUUGAAAUCCCGUGGAUGUGCAACGUGUUUUUUGUUCUUUGAGACAAACUGUGUCGGUGGUUAAAUAAAAACACGUAAUUCGAACAGGAAGUACAGCGAAGGACACGUUGAAGAGAGAAAUGUUUAUAUAUUCGUUCAAACAUUUCCAGUGUAGGAUUGAUCACAGCACACAGCACUGUGUUACUCACUAUGAUGGUGAAUGGUGGCUCUGGCUGAAAAAAAAAAAAAUGUCUCGUUCCUUGUGCUUCCAUUUUUUUUUAAAUAAGUAAAUACAGCUUAUGACAGAACACCAUCAA